AUGGUGCUGGGAGGACGCAUUCCCGCAUCGCCGAUGUUAAUUUCAGGAUUACGAGAGCCGGUCUAUCGUGGAAUCACGGAGGAUGCACCUGUGGUUGUCCCACAAAGACGUCCUAUGGCCAGAAGCCUCAAGGAUAGGAUCACAAAUAUUGUUAGUAUGUAUGUGCCCAAUGGAUCUUCACAUGAAUCCUCUCUCUUUUCGUCGAGAAAUUCUCAACUGAGGCAUGACCUUGUCGAUGAUAGCGAUGUUGCUCACAUGAAUGACCAUUUUGGACUUCUUAGUCUGGGAGAACUGGAGAAUCAGGCGGAGACUGGAAAGCCUGAGCUCUGUCAUAUCGUGCCGCUUAUAGAUAAAAACACUCUUUCAACUUCUAUUCUUGAUGAACUUCAGAAUUCAGCCUACAGUGUUAAGCCCUCGGAUUUCAUCAUCUCCUGUAUGGCUACUGAUAGUAUUUAUCUGUAUUUUGGUGUACAAGGCCUCCCAUUUCUUUUUAAACUUGAAACUGCUUUGUUUAACUCCUCAUUCGAGAGGCAGUAUCCCGUCACAAAAAUCCACUUAAAAACUGCCGAGGCAGUCGAUCUAAUUCCUUCAAAGAUCUGCUUAAAGGAUUCCCACGGAGAAACCAGCGAGGUCUACGUCAUUGGCACUUCACUCUUGGGAGACUCCCUGGUUCAUCUUCUUGCUUGCUAUUCCAUCGAUGGUAGAUUGGUAGUCCAGACACGAAAAUACCCUUAUCAACGGUACCUUGCAAUUUAUAUUGACACAGACGGAAAUGUCCUCCUGGGCUGCACAUCGUAUUCGACCGACGACGCAAAUCCCACGAGUAAUGCACAAAUAUGCAAACUGACUCCCCAUUUUGAGCGUCGAAUUUUCUCCGUCACUCUGCGAAAAGGUGCCACCUCCUACUGUCCCGAUUGGAUAACCAAGUCCUGCGUUCGGGGUCAGUGUUGGGCUUCUGUUAGCCGCUGGGAUAGUGAGACAAAUAAGAUGGUUCGACGAAUAUUCGCCUUUCCCGGCGUACAGCCCGAUUGCGAGUCAGAGGGUGAAACCGUACGUAGUCCAAAGGAAUGGCUUCAUGUGAUCUCCUGGAACUUUGAAUGCUUUUCUGCAGGCUCCGUAUUUGCUUUGGAUUCACAGCGUCUACUCGCAAUUGAUGUGGAACAGAAGUGUUUUGCGUUGAUCACGUGGCCGGAAGGACAGAAGGGUGUCAGUUUGCAAAGACUCACUAAACCAGGCAGUCGAAAAAUUGAUCAUUUCUGCGUCUCCAACACCUAUCCUCCAGUCGCCUACUUCGCGUCUGAGGGAGAUAUCUUCAGUUUUAUCCCUGCAGCUAUUGAUAACACUACUGUCACCGCUGCUUCCUUAUGA